CUAGAACUUGGCGCCAUCGGAGAGGGACGAUACAGAGAGGGAGAGAGAGAGUGCGACGUAGCGAGAAGCAGUUGCUAUGGCGGAGGUGGAUUCCGCGAUGGAGAUCGACGUGGAAGAGAAUCAGCAACCUCGUAAGCUCAUAAACAAGGGAAAAGCCGUCGCCAUGGGUUCGUCGCGAGAGAGCAAGGCGACGCCGUGGGUCGAGAAGUAUCGGCCUCAGUCUCUCGAAGACGUCGCUGCUCACCGAGACAUCAUCGAUACGAUUGAUAGGUUGACGAACGAGAACAGAUUACCUCAUCUUCUGUUGUAUGGUCCUCCUGGUACGGGCAAAACAUCAACGAUUCUAGCUGUUGCCCGGAAGCUAUAUGGAGCCCAGUAUCAUAAUAUGAUUCUUGAACUAAAUGCAUCUGAUGAUAGAGGGAUUGAUGUUGUAAGGCAACAGAUUCAAGAUUUUGCUAGCACACAGAGCUUCUCAUUCAGCGGAAAAUCUUCGGUAAAGUUGGUCUUGCUAGAUGAAGCAGAUGCCAUGACGAAAGAUGCUCAAUUCGCCCUGCGUAGAGUAAUUGAGAAAUACACAAAGAACACUCGGUUUGCUCUCAUCUGCAAUCAUGUCAACAAGAUCAUCCCAGCUUUACAGUCUAGAUGUACUCGAUUUAGAUUUGCUCCUCUUGAUCCUGUUCAUGUGAGUCAACGUCUCAAGCAUGUCAUUGAAGCUGAAGGGCUUGACGUAACUGAGAGUGGUUUAUCGGCCGUUGUACGUUUGAGCAACGGGGACAUGAGAAAGGCUUUGAACAUUUUGCAGUCAACACAUAUGGCUUCUCAGCAAAUAACAGAGGAAGAGGUAUAUCUAUGCACUGGAAAUCCAUUGCCCAAGGACAUUGAGCAGAUAUCUUACUGGCUUCUGAAUGAAUCCUUUGCCGAAAGCUACGAAAAGAUAUCCGAAAUGAAGACAAGGAAAGGACUGGCCAUUGUUGAUAUUGUCAAAGAGGUGACAAUGUUUGUUUUCAAGAUCAAGAUGCCGUCAGAUGUCAGAAUUCAGUUGAUCAAUGAUUUAGCAGACAUAGAGUACAGAUUGAGCUUUGGGUGCAACGAUAAACUGCAGCUCGGGGGAGUGAUUUCGGCAUUCACCCAAGCACGUUCGGUCUUAGUUGGUGCUGCAAAAUGACCAAAAUAUUUCCUCAGUCAGUUGCUUUUAUCUGUCCUUCCUGUUUCAGCAUCCACUUGCUUACUUGUUUGGUGUUUUUUUUAGUUUCAGUCCACCAAGAUAAGGUGCAUUGGGGACUGUCUCUUAACACUUAGCAAAUGCCAUUUUGCCUUUGUGACUGUCCUCAAAGGCUUGGGUUUUGGUCUGAUUUCAAGUUAUUGAAUUCUCCUGUAGUGAAUGCGUUUGUAUUAUCUAUUAGAUGGCUCUUUUGCCCCU